CUACUCUCAAGUUUCUCAAAUCAAGUGCUUACAAAUCCAUUUCAAACUCCUUUUUCCUUCGAUAUCAUCAUCAUAGUCGAGAGAGAUGGCUUACUCUGCCAUGACUAAGCUUGCUUUGGUGGUGGCCUUGUGCAUGGUUGUGAGCGUGUCCAUUGCUCAAGCCAUAACAUGUGGCCAAGUGUCCAGCAACCUUGCACCAUGCAUAGCCUACGUGAGUGGCGGUGGAGCUGUGCCUCCAGCUUGCUGCAACGGCAUUAGGAACGUCAACAACUUGGCAAAGACCACCCCUGACCGCCAGGCCGCUUGCAACUGCCUGAAACAGCUUUCCGCCAGCAUCCCCGGAGUCAACCCUAACAAUGCCGCAGCGCUACCCGGCAAGUGUGGAGUUAGUAUUCCUUACAAGAUUAGCGCCUCCACCAACUGCAAAACCGUGAAGUGAGCUUGACGCAGAUAAUAUAAGAGAGUGAGAAUAAAAAUGUGACUUUUG